GGUGCCAUUGUGUGCCGUUGGAGCCACUCAAGGCGGUGCCUGGCGGGUUGUAUAGAUCCAGCCAUGUCGGCCGUGCCGCUGUCCGGAGGUCAGCCCUCGAAUGUGGCGCCUUUGCCGGCACGCAUGGAUGAUUGGACCAAGCUGGACUACUACCGCUUCUGCCUGUUUCAGCGGCAGGUGCAGGAGGAGUUCCUCCGCGAGAACACGCAGCUGAGGAGCCGCUUGCAGCUCAAAGGCUUCCCCGCGAUGCCCCAGGCCGCAGCUGAAUCAGAAAGCUGGCCGCCCAUCCAGACCUGUGAAGAGACAGAGGUUCCCGUUCCGCUGGAUGAUGCGACGGAUGCUUUAUCCAGGUCAGCAGCAGAUGCCUUGUCAAGGUCUGCUGCGACCGAGAAGUGCAAGGCUGCCUAUGAGGCAGCUUUACGCGCUGAGGAGAUAUCCUGGGCGGAAGCUGCAGAUGCAUGGGCUGAGGAGGAGCUGCGCGAGGAUGCCGAGGCCGAACGGGAGGCUGCCGUGCCAGAGAAGAAGAGGCGCAAAUCGUGAGCGCGGCACUGAUUGUGACGGUAGCUCCAGUGAGUCCAGGUCUCUGUGCAGAGAAGCCUCUUGGGCAGCCGAAGUGCCACUUGUCUUGAAACGUGGCUUCCAGGAAAAUCUGCAGAGGUUCGACUCUCAGCAGCUCCCUGGUCCCAAGCCGACCUAUUGGACCUUUUGGGCCACCCAGUCACUGGUGGUUGAUUUAUUUGUGGUCUCCAGGUCUGGCAUGCGAGGCAUUCGGCCAUCUUGCUGGCUCCCAUGUAAUUCGUUGGAAUUCGCAGAUCGCUUGCCUUGGGAUGACUUGGCAGCGGAA